AUGGUUGCACAAGUUGAUUUGGACCUCAAUAAACCAUUGGAUGCAGACACACAGUCUACAAUUGCCCGUGUGGCCAUGAAACCUUCAUUGGCACUCCUGGCUUUGACUCUCCAUGGUGAUUACUAUCGUCAAUUGCAAAGUAAAUGCAACAGACGUAUUGUUUGGGACCCACUGUUGCAAUUGGUUUUGGUGACCUUAUUCGUUGGAAUCACUGCUUACAUCUUCCGGGACAUCUAUCAAAUUUCCGACUCGUUCGGUGAGUUUCUUUCUCUACUCUGGGCGAACAAGUUCGCUCUCACCAACUUUUUUCCCGCCCUUAUUAUUAUUGGAGGUUUCAUUGGUGUGAUCACCUUCACUAUCACUGAUGAGUUCAGAAAUAUGAGUGACGUGAUGUCCACUGAUGAGGCUAUGGCCAAGGUGUUCCGUUUCCCAUUGCGUAUUUACGCCAAUGCCAGAGAAUCAGACAUGGACUCGACUCUUAUUGAAAGUGGCUCUAGAAGCACUGAUUUGAUCGUGUACAGAAACUCACCUAUUGCUGUCAUUACCGUUGUUCCAGAGCCCGAGAAAUCUUCAGACAAGGUAUUCUACGCUAAGAUCACCGGUCUUCAUGUCAGAAAAUCCUACGCAAAGGCUGGAUUGGAGGAAGAUCUUCUUCAGUAUGCCAAGAUCAAGGCAUUGGAAUUAAGUGAGAAAUAUGCGAAAGACAACAAGUUUAACGGUAAGAAGAUCAAGACGAUCCUUUUGGCAGACGCGUACUCCGUUGAUCCAAUUCUUCCUGCCUUGUACUUGAGAAACGGCUUCAAAGUCACUGGCUCCUCUUACCACAUUAAUUCGUUCCAAAGAGAGAAAAAAUCAGAGAAGAUCAUGAAGAUCGUGCCAUUGUCCGUUUUCUAUAAGUUCUUUUCCAUACAAAGGCUUAGCUACGAACUCGAACUCAAUGAGUAG